CGGAGAAUCAUUUAGGUCAGUUGCAGCAAGUCUGUGAGAUAGCUUUCGAUCGAUUAAAAAAAAAAGAAAGAGCAAAUGGCAUCGAGCGCGGCGGUUCCGUUCUGGAGAGCAGCGGGGAUGACGUACAUAACGUACUCAAACAUCUGCGCGAAUCUGGUGAGGAAAUGUCUAAAGGAACCUUUCAAGGCGGAAUCAAUGAAUCGCGAGAAGGUUCACUUCUCCCUCUCCAAAUGGGCUGACGGAAAGCCUCAGAAACCAGUUUUGCGCUCAGAUGCACCUGAAGUUUCAGACUUUUGAUCAAGAUAUAUGUUUUCUGAGAUUGAUUAUGUAUUGCUUAAUGCUAUAACGUCUCUGCGUGUUUGUUUCCUUUGUUGUCUGUAAUGAAAGCACGAUAUGAUACUAUCCAAUCAAUAAAUUCAUGUUAAACA